UCCCACGUGAUGGAUGGACCGGGGCGAUCUGAAAGAGAGGCCGAUGUGAUGGUGAUCGCACUACUAAUAGAGGUGGAGGAGAACCAUGCGAAACAGGUCUCCAAGUCCCAUUCAGAAUGGGGCUCCUUGUCGGCGUUGGACCACAUCCCACUUGGUUUGCUGGUCCAGCAUUUUGGUGUAGGAAAUGUUUCACUAACAGCAAUUGCUGUUCUUUCUUCCACCCUCCUUUCAUUUCUACCAAUAAUGAUAUCUGUGUGCUCUUCGAUUUCGGUAAGGAAGAUCAGCUGGUCGAUGACUAAGCUGUACCGGGGAGCAGCUGUGUUUGCUUUGAUUGGCUCCUUAAGUGCGAUUACAUGAGCCUUUGCUCAUAGAUCUUACUCCAUAAAACAGUAACAUCAUCAAGUUGUCAGCCUUUGCGGGACUAACAAUAGUGAGAACUAGUAAAGUGAGUGUACUUUCAUGAUAUGUUGGUGUAUUGAUCUUAGCUUGUGGUUGUCUCUCCUUCAUACCAAUAAUCUAGCAUGGAGUUUCGGUAAUUGAUGGUAUAAGGUCAAAUUGAAUCUAUGUGUAGUCUAGAGCAAGCCAGAGAAGGAUCCUCCUGUCUUUGGCUUAUCAAGUGUAUUGGAAUAGUAAGUUAUAUAUAUAGUCUAUUAGGAAACUUCAAUUUGACUUUGUAUUGAUGUUUCUUGGGUUGUCGAGUGGAGGUCCGAUGAAAUAUAUCUUUGCAUUAAUCGUCUUAACGACUCUGUUAAGUUACAUUUGCCCACUUUCUUAUUUAUCAUUUUAGAUGAUUCUUGGGUGCUUUUUAGGUUCCACUCCAGACUUUAAUUGGAGAUGAUAUGAGUGCGAUUGAAUCGAAUUCUUGUUCAUGUUUAUGCAUCCAAAAGCGGAAUAUUAUGGGCUUAAAGAGUUGCUGAAGCAGUUGGUCAAUCGUUGAGAGGAGGACCGAGGAAAACAAACCUAACUUGCUUCGUAGACACCUCUACUUGAAUUAAAUGAUUUCUAUUAGAAAAACCUCACGGAAGUCUGUUGCUUUCACGGACCUACUAUCACUUCCAAUUCACUUGAUUUGAUCGCAACAAUUAUAUUUCUUUUUUGACACGAUAUUUGUAUAAAAUUUUAGAUUGAUGAUUGAUUCAUGCAGGUUUGUGGUGUCUGAGCUACCAACAGAUGUAAUUGUACGUGUUGGCGAAGUGAGAUUUUUCUUGCACAAGUUUCCUCUUUUAUCCAAGAGCAACCGAUUACAAGGGUUGGUACUCAAGGCUGGUGAAGGCGGCACAGAUGAAAUCUACUUGCAUGAUUUUCCUGGUGGACCAAAAACCUUUGAGAUUUGUUCUAAAUUUUGCUAUGGCAUGACCGUGACGCUCAAUGCCUACAAUGUUGUCGCGUCUAGGUGUGCCGCAGAAUACCUCGAGAUGACUGAGGAUGUUGAGAAGGGGAAUCUGAUAUACAAAAUUGAGGUUUUUCUGAACUCAAGCGUGUUACGAAGUUGGAAAGAUUCUAUUAUUGUUCUACAGACCACAAAGUCUAUGCUACCGUGGUCUGAGGAACUUAAGGUGGUUGGAAGAUGCAUAGACUGCAUCACUUCCAAAACAUCUGUAGAACCGGCUGCUGUCACUUGGUCAUAUACCUAUGACAGGAAAUUGACAGCCUCAGAUGAUAUAACUGAAACCCAAAAAAGAAUGCAUCAAGUUCCUAAUGAUUGGUGGAUCAAAGAUAUAUGUGAGCUGGAUGUUGAUCUUUACAAGCGAGUGAUGGUCGCCCUGAAAUCGAAAGGGAGGAUGUCUUCAGACAUGAUCGGAGAGGCCCUCAAGGCCUAUACGGUUAGAUGGUUGCCAGAUUCUUAUGAUGCACUGGUUGCUGAUGAUUACAUGAAAAGGAACAGGAUUCUGGUAGAAACCAUUAUCUAUCUACUGCCUUCGGAUAAGUACUCAGGGUGUUCAUGCAGGUUUCUCCUGAAAUUGUUGAAAGUUGUUAUCUUGGUCGGAGCUAGAGAUCCAUCAAAGGAAGAACUUAUAGAUCGGAUUAGUAUGCAGCUGCACAAAGCAUCUGUUAAGGACCUACUGAUUCCAGCAAAAUCAAGUGGUGAUACAAUAUAUGAUGUACAUCUGGUGCAAAUCCUUGUUGGCAAAUUCAUGAUGCAAGUUGGUAGCACUCAUGACAUGAACAUUGCUGAUGAGAGUGAAAACAUAUCUUUGCUGGCGUUAGGAAGAUUGAUCGAUGGUUAUCUUGCUGAAAUUGCCUGCGAUUCAAACUUGUCGAUUUCUAGCUUUGUCGAUCUUGCUGAGUCCAUUCCCGAUGCAGCAAGACCUGAUCAUGAUGGAUUAUACACAGCCAUCGACAUCUAUUUAACGGAACAUCGAAACAUGACAAAAGCAGACAAAAAGAGGAUCUGUGGCCUGAUGGAUGUCAAGAAGCUCUCAACAGAAGCUAGCAUUCAUGCAGCACAGAACGAGCGUCUGCCACUCCGUGUGGUCGUCCAAGUCCUUUUCUUCGAGCAGUUAAAGGCGGCAGGGGGUGCAUCAGCAGCGACCAAUGACACUUCACAUGACAGUUCGAUGAAUCGAGCCAUCUUGGAAGAAGAUUGGGAGGGAAGAGUCUCAGAGAAUGACGACAGUCUAAAGCAGCAACUAGGGAGCAUGAAGAUAAAGGCUGAUGAGUGCCAGGACGGUGACGACAAGAAGAGUGUCAAGGACAAAGGUAGUAGCUUACUACUCCUGCCAUCUAGAUCAAGGAGGAUUUUUGACAAGCUAUGGGUUGGGAAGGGACAGGGUGAGACAAUUAAAAGCUCUGAAACAUCUGGGAGUUCACAAAGCCCUCCUAUCUCUGUGAAACCUGGAGAAGCCAAAUCUUCUGGCUCUUCAAGGCACAUGAGAAACUCUAUUUCAUGAGAAAGAUUCUCAUGUAGAAUGUCUCAUGGGCACACUGUAUAGAAGAAGGUGUUUCAGCUGCCGAUCUUAAUACAUGUUUUCUGCUGGUGUUCAAACUGUUCUCGUCCUCACAAUUAAGGGAGGUCAGAAAGCAGAUACAAAUCUGCUCUAUAUCAUCAUCAUCAUCAUCAUCUUUUGAUUUAAUUUAUCGACAUCUGAUCUUUAAAGUCCUGGCAAGGAUGAUUGUGUAUGUGAAAUAACUGCAUGCGAUUGAAGGAUCAUAAGAUCAGAUUGCUUCCA